AUGCCUUCCGACCACCACCACCACCACCACCCCUCAACACUAGCCAUCCACGGCGACGACCCCUUCGCCACAAGCAUCGACAUCGCGCCGCCGCUUCACGUGUCGACGACGUUUCGUUACUCCAACAACCCGGAUGAACUCCUCUCCUCUCCGCCUACCUCCGGGGGCCAGUCCUUCGUCUAUUCUCGCGUCGCAGAGCCCAACACCACGCGCCUCGAAGCCGUUCUCUCUGCCGUCACAAAAGGCCAUGCCCUCACCUACGCCAGCGGCCUCGCCGCCUUCCACGCCAUGAUGGUCUACCUCCGCCCGUCCGUCGUCGCCAUCGGACACGGCGACCGCGCGGGCUACCACGGGUGCCACGGCGUCCUCGAAUUGCUCAAGAAGCUGUACGGGCUGCGCGUCGUGGACCUGGAGGACGAGAAGGCGUGGGAUGAGGCCGGCUUGGGAGCGGGCGACGUCGUGCACAUCGAGACGCCGAUCAAUCCGUACGGGGAGGCGCUGAAUAUCAAGGCGUAUGCGGAGAGGGCGCACAAACGUGGCGCGUAUCUGACUGUCGACAGCACGUUUGGCCCGCCGACGCUGCAGGAUCCGCUGGAGUUGGGGGCGGAUUGUGUGAUGCAUUCGGGGACGAAGUAUUUGGGCGGCCAUAGCGAUAUGCUGUGCGGCGUUGUGGUGGUGCCGCAUAGUCGGAAGGAGUGGUUUGAGGGGAUGUGGACUGAGCGCAUGUUUUUGGGGUCGGUGCUGGGGAGCUUGGAGGGCUGGCUGGGGCUGAGGAGCAUGCGCACGCUUGAUCUUCGCGUUAAGAUGCAGAGUCGCAAUGCGGAGGCUUUGGUGGCUUGGUUGGAUGAGAUGGCCAACGGCAAGUCGUCUGAUGGCGCAUCGGAGGACUCGGCGGCGUUUGUCACGGCCAGCGUUGUGCACCGUAUUCAGCAUGCGAGUCUGCAAAAGGACGACUUUGAGUGGCUCAAGGUGCAGAUGCCUAAUGGGUUCGGUCCGGUGUUUGCGUUGUGGAUGAAGGAUGAGGAUCUCGCGAGGAAGUUGCCGAGCAAGUUGAAGCUGUUUCAUCAUGCGACAAGCUUGGGUGGGGUAGAGAGUUUGGUGGAGUGGAGGAAGAUUAGCGAUCCCAGCAUCGAUCCGCGGGUGCUUCGCUUCUCGAUUGGUGUUGAGAAUUGGGAAGAUUUGAGGGAUGACCUUUUGCAAGGGUUCAAGGCGCUGCUUGGGAAAGACAACACGAACUAG